AAUCAUUCUUACAUAUAUUUCGUCUCUUCUUUUUGUCUCUCUUCCGUAUUCAAAACACACAAAAAAACAAAAAGUUAUUUUCAAAGUAACGUAGAAAACUGGUACAUAAAUUGCCAAUUAUCCCAUUCAUAAGCAAGAAGAAUAAUUUCUAACAGCUACACCAAACAAGAAAGAAAGGGAGAAAAAAAAAUGACAACAAUAAGCCAACCAGUAUUAGCUUAUGAUCGAAAAAACGAAGUUAAAGAAUUUGAAGAAACAAAACUGGGAGUAAAAGGUUUAAUUGACUCGGGUAUAACUCAGAUUCCAUCCAUCUUCCAUCACCCCGAAGAAAACCUGGUUGACACAGCAAACUCGGAGUCAAAGUUGGGUGUGGAUCCAAUACCCGUGAUAGAUCUUUCGGGUCCAAAAGAAGAGGUGGUGGAUGAGAUCCGAGAAGCAGCAGGGAAGUUUGGGUUUUUUCAAGUGAUAAACCAUGGAAUUUCAGUUUCUCUCCUUGACGGACUUGUUAAAACGGUGAAGGAAUUUCAUGAACUUCCUGCUGAGGAAAGGAUGAAGUAUUACAGGAGAGAUAUGGAGACAGGUGUGAAUUACUUUUCUAAUGUUGAUUUGUUUGUUUCAAAAGCAGCUAGUUGGAGAGAUACUUUGCAAUUGAGGUUAAGCCCUACUAUGGCUCAGCCUGAUGCUAUUCCUCAUGUUUGUAGAAAUGAGAUAAUUGAAUGGAAUAAGGAAGCUACACAACUAGCUGAGAAAUUGAUGGGUUAUUUCUCUCUAGGAUUGGGAGUAAAAGAAGAUAAGUUAAAGGAAUUGUCAUGUGGUGAAGGAAGAGUAAUGGUUGGGCAUUAUUAUCCAUAUUGUCCUGAACCAAAUAAGACCAUUGGGAUUGCCUCUCAUACUGAUCCUGGCAUUCUCACUGUCCUUUUGCAAGACCAAGUUGGUGGCUUGCAAGUUAAAUAUGAUGGUAAAUGGGUUAAUGUUAAACCAGUUCAUGGUGCUCUUGUUAUCAAUGUUGGUGACUUGCUUCAGAUGAUAUCCAAUAACAAGUACAAGAGUGUGGAGCAUCGAGUGUACGCUAAUCCUUUGCAUGAGCCACGCAUAUCAAUUGCUAUAUUCUUCAAUCCAAGCCGCAGGGAGGAUUUCUACGGACCAUUACCCGAAAUUGUGUCGCCUGAACAACCUGCACUUUACCAACAUUUUACGUACAAUGAAUUUAUGUACAGAUUCUUCUCAAAGGAGUUAGAUGGAAAAUCGUUGACCAAUUUCUUCAGUUUGGAAAACAAGUCAUAGAUGAUCAUCAUUAUGGUUUUUAUCAUGAUUUUAUUGCUAUGUAUGAUCAUGUAUUUAUUUAUGAAGCCUAAGUUCAUUAUUGUUGAUCUGUUUGUUUUAGUAAGAAAUGUUGGUUCUUGAAGAAUUAAUAAAGUAAUGUGUUUGUAAGAGGCAAAUAAAAUAAGUGGAGCAAAGUGUGGCGAGAAAUAAA